CUGCACAACUUCCACUUUACGCGAAAAGUCGCGUCCCACCCCUUUUUGACGCGCUCCCGUGGUUGCCCCGUUUUCAAUUUACGAUUUCUCCUAGGGCGAUUUGUAUAGGCUCAAUCUUCUCAACUACCCACUAUCUCAUAUCUCACCAAGCCGUAAUUUCUAUAAUCAAGUACCGGCUUCUCAUCGUAUAUAACUCAAAAUGUCUUCACCACCUAGCCGUCGUCAGCGGAGUUCGCAGGCCGGCACUCCAAGCCGAAAUACACGAAGUUCUCAAGCCGCUCGUAGCAGUCCUGCCAAUGGCGGCCCAUCCCAAAACGGAGCGCAAGAUGGUAAUACUCUUGAUAUCGCUCGCCCAUCACAGUUGGUUUCAAGUCCUCUGUUUUACCAGUCAUCCCCUGCGAAUGGGAACGACAGAAACUCUCCCGCUUUAAGACAUAAUACCGAUAGCCAGAGCACCAUCCCCAACCCCGAUGCUGCACCUAGCUCACCGUUACGCCGUAUGGGAGAAAGUGACGGCGAUCGCACACCAAGGGCUAGAUCACUUAUGGGUGAAUCAUCGCCUAUUCGAUACGAACCGAGCUCGAGUCCUGGCCGUGGUUUGCACCCGCAAUCUGAUCUUCGAAGCGAGAGUAGUAACUUAUUUGUCGGUUCCUCUGAUACCCCACGUGCCAACAGGGUAAACCGAAGAGGUGAUAUAAACUCGGAAAUUUUCAGCAGUAGCGCUCGAGGCAACAGCCGCGUCAUCUUAGACGAUGCCGGGCGUGUGGUUCGAGAAAUUCAUUCUGAUGCGGCAACAUUCUCCAACUUGAACCCUAACACCUCCGAUGCUGAUGCUCUGGGCGGUCAAGACAAUGCAACUAUCUGGGGUACUACAGUGUCUAUUGACGACACAUAUGCUGCAUUUAAGGACUUCUUACGCAAUUUCACUAAGAAGUAUCGCAUGUGGGGUUCAGGAAUGACAACCGAACAGACAGACGCUGAUCCCGAAUCAACCUCCAAACCGUAUUGGGAGGAGCUUCAAAACAUGCUGCUCCUCGGCCAACGAAUCCUCUACGUCAACAUCCAAGACUUCAAAUUAUAUCCGCCUACUAGGAAAAUGUGGCACCAAAUCCAGCAUUAUCCUCAGGAAAUUGUACCGCUUAUGGACCAGUCUGUCCACGACCUUAUGAUCGAGCUCGCACAGGCAGAGACGGCGCGCCAAAGGAGCCAGAGUAAUGGGGCAUCGGCAACCCAACGUAGCGGUGUUCCCAGUUCCGACAUGCAAGUCCCGAGUUCAGAGCGAAGUGAGGAACCCCAGCAGUCUCAGCCGCGUCCGCAGGGUCCUACCUUGGAAGAGAAGGUUAUGGAUCAAACCUAUAUGACCCGGCCCUAUGGAUUAGACGAAGUCAUCAAUUUGCGCGCUCUUAAUCCUUCCGAUAUGGACAAGCUCAUCUGUGUUAAGGGUCUCGUAAUCCGGACAACACCCGUCAUCCCGGAUAUGAAGCAAGCCUUUUUUAGGUGUAGUGUCUGUAGCCACUCUCUUCUAGUAGGCUUAGACCGAGGCAAGAUUCGAGAGCCUACCGAAUGCCCGCGAUAUCUAUGCAACUCGAAGAAUUCUAUGCAGAUCAUCCACAACAGGUGCGAGUUUGAGGACAAGCAAGUUAUCAAGCUACAAGAAACGCCCGAUGAGGUACCCGCCGGACAGACGCCACACUCGGUGUCAGUUUGUGUUUAUAACGAGUUGGUAGAUUUCUGUAAGGCUGGUGACCGCAUCAAGAUCACAGGUAUCUACCGUGUUAGCCCGGUUAGGGUUAACCCGCGCCAGCGCUCUGUCAAGAGCAUAUUCAAGACCUUUGUUGAUGUCGUCCACGUCGCCAAGGUCGAUAAUAAGAAAAUGGAUAUAGACAUAUCCAUCCUCGACGAUGGAGCUAACGAUGAGGAGAACAAUAUCGAAGAGACCCGGAACAUUAGCCCCGAGGAAGAGGAGAAGAUCAAGGCUACGGCCGCCCGUCCGGAUAUUUAUGAACUUCUCGCCCGGUCACUAGCUCCAUCUGUCUACGAAAUGGACGAUGUAAAGAAGGGCAUUCUCCUCCAAAUGUUUGGAGGAACAAACAAAACAUUCGAGAAAGGCGGUAGCCCGAAAUAUCGAGGUGAUAUUAACGUCUUACUAUGCGGUGACCCAUCGACAUCAAAGUCUCAGCUACUCAAAUACAUCCACAAGAUCGCCCCUCGCGGCGUUUACACUAGCGGCAAAGGAUCUUCUGCGGUCGGUCUUACGGCGUACGUCAGUCGUGACCCUGAGACUAGGCAACUCGUGCUCGAAUCUGGUGCUUUGGUCUUGUCUGAUGGUGGCGUCUGUUGUAUUGACGAGUUUGACAAGAUGUCCGAUUCUACACGUUCUGUUCUUCAUGAAGUCAUGGAGCAGCAGACAGUUUCAGUAGCCAAAGCCGGUAUCAUUACUACGUUGAAUGCUAGGACGAGUAUUUUGGCAUCGGCCAAUCCAAUCGGGUCUCGAUACAACCCCGACCUGCCUGUUCCGCAAAAUAUUGAUUUACCACCAACACUAUUAUCGCGAUUUGACCUUGUUUACUUGAUCCUCGAUCGUGUUAACGAGUCAGCCGACCGUAGAUUAGCGCGACAUUUACUUUCCAUGUAUUUGGAAGAUACUCCACAAUCUGCUCCCUCAAGCAAUGAGAUAUUGCCUGUGGAGUUCUUAACGUCCUACAUCUCGUACGCCCGUACUCACGUCCACCCGACGUUAACGCAAGAUGCUUCGCAGGCACUUGUGGAUGCGUACGUGAAUAUGCGCAAAUUAGGACAAGAUGUUCGCGCAGCAGAAAAACGUAUUACUGCUACAACGCGUCAGCUUGAGUCGAUGAUCCGCCUCGCUGAAGCACACGCCAAAAUGCGACUCUCAACGACUGUGACAAAAGCUGAUGUCCUCGAAGCCGAGCGACUUAUUCAGUCGGCGUUGAAGACUGCAGCGACAGAUUCUCAGGGUCGCAUCGAUAUGAGUCUUCUCACAGAAGGCACCAGUGCUGCAGAGCGAAAACGCAAGGGCGAGCUGAAGGAAGCCAUCCUACGUCUUCUAGAUGAGUUGACUAGUGGUGGGCAGAAUGUGCGGUGGAGUGAAGUUAGCAGACGUCUAAACGAAGGGGCGAGUGUUCCUAUUGAACCUGCGGAUUUUGCCGAGACAAUGAGAGCGCUCGAAAUGGAGGGAUCUAUCAUGAUUAGUGGCGACGGUGCGAGGAGGAGCGUGAGACGCGUCACUGGUGUUGCGUGAACUUGGUAGGGGAGGAUGUUAAGACUCAAGAGGGAUAAAUAUUCCCAGUCUGAUAUUUUAGUAGUGGGGUUGAUAUAGUUGAGCAUAUUAAUAUGCCUAUACCCACUGGUGUUUUCAACGGUGAAUAAGUGUUUUGAAAAUUGGGUAUGAGAUACGGACUGACGGGCUAGCAAACGAGUUAAUGAAGGUGUAUAUUAAAAAUACCUACGUCAUGGCACGAUGGACACGGU